CAGCGGAGGAGGGGCCGGAGGGUGGCGCGGAGUCCCCGCUUUUCCCCGGCGCCCCGAUGAGGGCGGCCGACAGCGCGGGACCGGCAUGGCAGAGAUGCGGCCGGGAACGGCGACGGGGCUGCAGCUCAGCGCGCUGCCCGACCACUCCCCGCUGCUGCAGCCCAGCCUGGCCGAGCUGCGGCGCCGGGCCCGGGCGGCGGGCGCUCCGCCGACGCCUCUGCCACUCACCGACUCGUUCCUGCUGCGGUUCCUGCGCGCCCGGGACUUCGACCUCGACCUGGCCUGGCGGUUACUGAAAAACUAUAAUAAGUGGAGAGCAGAAUGUCCAGAAAUAAGUGCAGAUCUGUGCCCUCGAAGUAUUCUUGGUCUUCUGAAGGCUGGUUAUCUUGGAGUCCUGCGAGCCAGAGACCCCACUGGCAGCAAAGUUCUUAUUUACAGAAUUGCACAAUGGGAUCCAAAAGUUUUCACAGCUUAUGAUGUUUUUCGUGUAAGUCUAAUCACAUCCGAGCUUAUUGUACAGGAGGUAGAAACUCAGCGGAAUGGUAUCAAGGCUAUCUUUGAUCUAGAAGGCUGGCAGUUUUCUCAUGCUUUUCAAAUUACCCCAUCUGUAGCCAAGAAGAUUGCUGCUGUUCUUACAGAUUCCUUUCCAUUAAAAGUCCGUGGUAUCCAUUUGAUAAAUGAGCCAAUAAUUUUCCAUGCUGUCUUUUCCAUGAUUAAACCAUUCCUGACCGAAAAAAUUAAGGAACGGAUUCACCUGCACGGGAACAAUUACAAACAAAGCUUACUUCAGCAUUUCCCAGACAUUCUUCCUCUGGAAUAUGGUGGUGCAGAAUUCUCCAUGGAGGACAUUUGUCAGGAGUGGACAAAUUUUAUAAUGAAGUCUGAAAAUUAUCUCAGCAGUAUUUCACAGAUCAAUCAGUGAGAAGAAGUUAUUUAAUGUGAAUGACUUCCUAAUUAUAAAUACAUGAGUGAGAUCCUACCUGGUUAUAUGAAUGAAAGAAAAAAAAUCCUUUAAGCUAAUUAGUACUUGUCUGAUUGACCUUUUAAAUUGUAAAACUCUUCUGACAUGAGCAACAUGGAUAUUUGGGAAACUUCUUGACUUUUUAAAUGCACUUUCUUCAUCUUUCAAGUAGUUAAAUGUUUGUAUACCUUAAAAGCAUAGAAGGGAUUCCUGAUUUUUAUACUUGAAUUUAUCUCCUAAAGUAGCUGUUUCUGAAGUUUCACAAGUUAUCUGACUACAUUGGUUGAGUAAUAAAUGUAUAAAUAGUCCACAGAAAAGAAGUAUUAGUACAAAUCAACUGAUGAUAAAAAUCUGUUAAUACCCAUCUUGGGUGAAUGUCAGAUUAGAUUAUAAUUCAGAUUAAAAUCUGAACACAGUUUUACAGAGUUUUUUCUAUGGGACAGCAAGAUAGUUCAUCUCAGGGAAGUUCUAUUUCAGCACACGUGCACAACAGAAACUUUUGAUUGAAGAGUCUGUGCACCAUAAAGUAUUAUAUGUAGCAUCUAGAGGUCUUCAUGAAAUUACUCAUGUUGCUACAACUGAUAAUCAAAAAUAAUUUAGGAAAUAUUUCAGGCAUAGCUGAUAGUUUUUAAAUACUUUUCCUGCAUUUUCAAAUAAAUCAAGAAUGUAAUUGUGACAUCAGUUUUUGGUUAUUCUUAUCAUGACUACACAGAGAAUUAGAAAUGGAAUAAUAUUUAAUUGUCAUACAGACAUGACUCUAUUUUUAAUUGAACAAUAACACAACUACACAAAGGAAAGGAAAUGUUUACAUUUAAAAAAUCACUGUCAGCUACACCUGGAACUUUUCAUAUUAUGUAUGAAAUAAUUUGACGUUUACUACAUAUCAGAAUAUUUUAGCCAAAUUCUAUAAUUAAUGUGUACUUUAAAAAAACAGUAGUUAAAAUGUGAUGUUUCUAUUAUAGUUUAUGUCAAAGAAUAUUUUGCUUAUUAAGAAAGAUACAAUGUCAAUAUGGCUUUCAGUUUAUGACUUUUUAUAGUGUUUCAUAAUUUUUUAAUUUUAAGACUUAAAAUAAAAAAAACACAGGGUACAAAAUUUGUUAAAUAUUGUUUAGCUUAGUUGGGUUUCAACAUUAAUCAUACAACAAUAGCAUCUUUGUGAAAGGAUAUAUGAAGAGCAUUUUUCUUUAUAAGAAAAUUAUUCUAAUCAGGUGAGCUGAUACUUGUGAUUCUCCGUCUAUGAAAAAAUUGAGAGCACUUGUGAAUGUUCUUUAGAGAACAUAUUUAAUUUUGACUUGGCAUUGGGAAUCUAACUUUACAUUAUAAUUUUUAUUAAAAAAUUACAUCAUGCUUGUUUUCUAAAAAAAUUACAUCAUGCUGUUUUCUAUAAAAACUAUAAAAAAUAAAAAAUUAUAAAAAAAUUUUGUACCUUCCUUUAACAAUCAUACAAUUCACAACAUUGUAUAAUUAGAAAUAAUAGCACAAUAAAAUCAUUGAAAAGAAUAAACAAUAAAAACAAAAAGCUCUGGUUUACCCAACUUUUAUUCCACUGUAAAAAAGGUUUAUAUCUGAGUUCCACUUCAUUUACGUUUGGGUACUUAAAACACUUUCUUAUGACACUGUGAAGUGUACGACUAAAGGGUAAUAUUUAAAAAUGUCUCUUAGAUGUGAUUCACUGGCGAUGUUAUUAACAGUAAAAAAAAAAUGAAAAUACGUCAAUUAACAGAAGUACAUUUCAUGAUGGGACUGACUUUUUUUAAAUGCAACAAUUCUUUGAAGCAAACUGAAAGAACAAUGUGAAAUGAGCAAUAUUAUAAGGUUGUAAGAUGAAUAACUAUCAAAUUGUCUCUAUUACUUCACCGUGAUUGUGCCAGAAGUGCCUUUUAUUUAUAAAGUUAACGCCAACAUG